ACAAAGAGACACACACACACUCUCAAACAUACACACAGACGGACAACAGUGCAGACACUUAAGAAGACAAAUCCUCGGAAGAGAAAAGUGAUAGACUGGUUGGAGGAAAGAAGAGCAAGAAGAGCGAGAAGACAGAGAAGAGCGAGAAGACAGAGAAGAGCAAGAAGAGCGAGAAGACAGAGAACUUCUGGCGACAGGUGAAGAUGCUGUAUCCUGCGUGGCUAUUGGCUGUGGCCGUGGUGGGCGUGGUCAGAGGGGUGAAAGGUCAGUGCUGGGAGAACCCUCGCUGUCAUGACCUCAGCUCUGAGAACAGCAUCCUGGAGUGUAUCCAGCUCUGUCGUUCUGACCUCACCACCAAAUCUCCCAUCUUCCCCGUCAAGGUGCAUCUCCAACCCCCGUCCCCCUCCGACUCUGACUCUCCUCCCCUCUACUUACCUCUGUCCCUCCUCUCCCCAUCCUCCCCCCUGUACCCCACGGAGCAGCAGAACAGUGUGUCCCCCCAGGCCAAGCGUUCCUACUCCAUGGAACACUUCCGCUGGGGAAAGCCUGUGGGCCGUAAGCGUCGACCGGUGAAGGUCUACACCAACGGUGUGGAGGAGGAGUCCUCCGAGGCCUUUCCCAGCGAGAUGAGACGAGAGCUGGGCACCGACGACGCCGUGUACCCCUCCCUGGAGGCUGGGACUGCGGAGGGGGGCGAGGCAGAGGGCACGGAGGGGGUGUUUAGUCUUCAGGAGAAGAAAGACGGCUCGUACAAGAUGAACCACUUCCGCUGGAGCGGACCGCCUGCCAGUAAGCGCUAUGGAGGGUUCAUGAAGAGCUGGGACGAACGCAGUCAGAAACCAUUGCUCACGCUGUUCAAAAACGUCAUUAUCAAAGACGGAAAGCAGAAGAGAGAGCAGUGGGGGAGGGAGGAAGGGGAAGAAAAGAGGGCAUUGGGGGAGAGGAAAUACAAUUUUCAGGGUUGAGGGAGGAAGGGGAAGAAAAGAGGGCAUUGGGGGAGAGGAUAUACAAUUUUCAGGGUUGAGGGAGGAAGGGGAAGAAAAGAGGGCAUUGGGGGAGAGGAAAUACCAUUUUCAGGGUUGAGGGAGGAAGAGAAUGUCACUGUAGGACUUAGAGCCAGUAAGCUCUCAUUUGAUUUGCCAUUAGGAGACAGACCUGUUUUGUGAUUGGCUAAAAGCACUGUCCUCUGACGUAGCGAUGAUGUUAGCUGAUGUAGCUACUGUCGUUUUUUCUCCAAUAAAUCCUAACUCUGUACAGAACCA